AGGAGAGCACACUUUACAGAUCAAAGCCUCAUACAACAAGACCACAUUGUAUUGUCCUGUGAUUACAUUAAAUGUCCUGCCUAAUCCUGAGAAACCUGUCUGCUUCAAUGUUAAAUAUGACAAAAUUCCUUUUCAAGCAGGAGGUACCUUCCCUGAUUUUAUGGUUAGUCUUCUUUCUGAAGAUGACACCAUUAUGAAAAAUAUUAAUCCAACACGGAUUUCCAUGAAAAUGUGGGAAGUACAGAGCAGCCAAAUUAGGACACCGGCUGAUGUUACUACGUUUAGCUGUAGUAAAGUGAAGGAUGACAAUGAAGAAGGCUUCUACUUCAGGGAUAAAAUGAUUCCAGAGAGAGUGGGCACUUACUGUAUCCAGUUUACCUUUGCAGCGGAUAAGACAAAUACGCUCAACAGUGACCAGAUUAUGGUUGAAGUUAUACCUAACGCCCCUGUACGCUUAUUACCUGAUUCUUUACCAGCUACUCCAGCAGUUUCCAAUGUUCGAGCUCUUACUAGCCGUACACUGGUCAAGGAUUUAUACCUCCAUAUAAAGGAUGAAUACAACAACUGCACUGGACUUGAUCUAGUCGGCAAGAUAAUAGCAAAAAUUAAAAGCCCCAAUGAAGAAGACAUAGAGAUCCCACAAUUUCAGGGGAAAAUCAGUGUAGUUGAGUUUCCAUUUGAAAAUGGAUCAGCUAAAAUUAAUCUAGUGCUGGCUGAAGACAGUCCUGGAAGAGAUAGCACUGAAUAUAUCCUUGUCUUUGAGCCAGAUCUGCCAGCUUUGGAAAAACCUUUGGAACCAUAUUGUCUCUCAUUUAUGUUUUACAACGAUUCCAAGAAGCAGCAACUGAUGGCAACACUUACAAGGGAGAAAGACCAAUUAUCUAAGUCCAUAGAUCUUUACAGAAAGAUGUUUGACACUACUAAUCAGCUUGUAGCUGAAAUGAAAUGUCGGGUUAAAGAAGCUGUAACAAAAGAAACAACCCUGAAGAACGAACUGAAAAAACAGCAAAUUGAGUUACCACAGAAGAAC